GGUUCUUUGACGCAAACUAACGUCGUGGACUAGACUAACGAAAGUCACUUUCAGGAAUCUUAAAUUAUUUUUUUAUGAUUCGGGGAAUAUUAUGACUAAAGUGACAGUUUACUCUAUUUUUUAACAAAAAGAUUUCAGUGUAAACAUCCGUCACCUUCUCUGCCUCCGUCCGCCGCCGUUCGCCUCGUUCAUAGCUCGGUUUCUCGGUGCAACCAUCCACACUGAAGCAACAAUGCCUCGUUACUACUGUGACUACUGCGAUACUUAUUUGACCCACGAUUCCCCAUCUGUUAGAAAGCAGCAUAAUUCUGGUUACAAACAUAAGGCUAAUGUAAGGUCCUACUAUCAGCAAUUUGAAGAGCAACAAACUCAAAGUUUAAUUGAUCAGCGAAUCAAAGAACAUCUUGGGCAAGCUGCGGCUUUUCAGCAGGUUGGCGUGGCUUAUAAUCAUCUAAUGGUUCAGAGGCCAAACCUUCCUGCUGUAUUGCCACCCCCAAGAUUUCCCAUUCCUGGAGGUCAACCACUAAUGCCAGGGUUCAGACCUCUCAUGCCUAGACCUAUGCCUGUUCCUGGGGCACCAGGGUAUGGUUCUGCGCCUACUAUGCCACAAAUGAUGCCUCCACCUGGUGCUCCCCAGAUGCCGGGUCAGUUAAAUUCCCUACCACGACCCCCUUCAUUAGCUCCCCCACCAACAGCUCCUGGAAGCACUGCACCGCCACCUUCCAACGGUGCUCCCCCUAUGGCAUCAUCAGCAAUGUAUCAAGCCAAUGCACCGGCACCAUCAUCUGGAGGUUAUGAUAAUUACAAUUCCAAUUCCAAUGCUCAAGCACCUGAGGGCAAUCACUAAGCUGGUCAAACUUGUAUGUUAUUUAAUAUUAAAUUUUGCACUAAUGUGGCACUUGUUCUGUAAAAUCACACUGCCUCAUUCUUUGCUAUUUUCUAUGGUAACUCAGUAAGAAAGCGUAGUCUUUGCAGGGACCCAAAGCCUUUAUCAAGUUCUAGUAAUCAACAUUCUCUUCUAUUUUUAUUUAUUUUUGUGCUAUGCAGUUCUCGUUGCAUAAUUUUAUCUCUGUUGGAGUGUUAAUAUAAUGAAUGAAUAUAGGCCUUAGAGAUUAAAAUAGGCCCAAGAUGCAUUAGUUAAUUGUAGGCGAUUCAUCAUGUUUUGGAAGGAUCUAGAUGAAUUGAAUUGAUGAGUCAUUGGUUAGUUUGUUAGGAUUAAUCAAGCCUAUAAAUAAAGGCAUCUAGAUCAAUCUGUGCUCCUCCUACCAUUCCGGAUGAAAAAUUCAUAAUGAAGUGCUAAUUGUGUGUAAAUCAUUUGAUAGUCUUCUUUUCGCAACUGCUUUUUCUUUGAAUUUGAAAUCUUAGAUUUAUCGGUGAUGGACUUAGUUGACACUAGACAUUUCAGAGAAUUUAUACUGAUGAUUUCUAGUGCUAUAUGCUGCAAAAAAAAAAUUGAUUACUAAAGAAACAUUCAUCGAAAAGCUUUCUAAACACGUUAAACAGGUAUUUCCCUUAACUGUUUUUUGUGUGUGAAAAAAGGAUAUGCUAGGGGGUUGCUUGAAUUUGAACAUGUUGCUGAUUUUAUUAUAUUAUAAUGUAUAUAUGCAGGUGGAUUAUGAAAUGGGAUUGGAGUUUGCUACACAGAGCGGAGUAAGCGAGGAACCCAGGGAAACAAUAUACAUAAAGCCAUUGGAAGCUGAAAACAAGAAGAUUGACUUGCACUCUCCAUUUUUUGUUUACAGAGUCUUUCAGUAGAUUUAGAAAUUGGUUUUGAUAAUAAAAAGAAAUGAUAGUGAAUUUAAUAUUUCAAAGUUAAAUUUAUAUCACAGUAAACAAAGGACAUUUAUUGUAUCAUUUUUUCAUUCGCAGGAAAUAUGUAACAUACAGUCAAAAAUAUAUAUCAUACUUGAGGUUGAUAGCAAAA